CCCGACGACGUCGAGUGACCAUAGGUGGGCACACAGCGACGCAGGGGAACUGAAAUGUAAACGCGCAACAAUUGAUCAAAACCAUCCGACUUGUCAGCCUCUCAUCUCUAGUGGAGUCGUGGUGAGACAGCGGACACAUAUGUCUCACUUAAAUAGCUGCUGUGGACCAUAUUGAACUGAAAUUGAUUCACGCCAGAGGGUCAAUAAUGUUAUAAGAUAAAUGCCGGAAAGCUUCCACUCAUGUGUUUAUGUAGUUUCUAUGAAAACUGUAGAUUUUCUUAUUUUUAUACCCGUGUUUUUGUGCGUUCUUCGUGUUUGUUCAGCAACUCUCCUUUCUAAGCACACAUAAUCACAAUACGCGGAUGCGUGCUCAGUGUGUGUGAUAAAGAAAUCACAUUAUAGGAAUAAUUCACUCAGAGGAUAGAGGUGUAACGUUACGUCGUUUAGCGCAGUCACUCCUCACCGGCGCCGGUUCGUCCCAGUCUGCUUCGGGUCUCUCCGCCAUCGGGAGUUUCCCUACCUCGGUUUGGUCCCAUCGUUGUUCUUCCCAGUGAACUGCAGAAGAGCGAGCUCGCGCUACCCGGUAAAAUAUUAUGUCGGUGUUGAUCCCGGAUGACCGGGCAUUCAGCAGCUUCAAGGAGGAGUGCGGGAGUGAGGAGGGCUGGAGUCUGACCUACAAUAAGCCGGACAUGACUGUGUGGACCCAGACUAUAGGAGGAGACGAGGAGAAGUCACUCCACAAGAUCAAGUGUCGGAUGGCGUGUAAGGACGUGCCAGCUGAGACCAUGUAUGAUGUUCUCCAUGACAUCGAGUACCGGAGGAAAUGGGACGCAAACGUCAUCGAAACCUUCGACAUCGGAAAACUCACUGUUAACGCAGAUGUGGGCUACUACUCCUGGAAGUGUCCCAAGCCGCUGAGGAACCGUGACGUCAUCACACUGCGCUCUUGGCUGCCCACUGGCAGUGAUUACAUCAUCAUGAACUACUCUGUCAAACAUGCUAAAUACCCCCCAAAGAAGGACAUGGUACGAGCUGUGUCCAUCCAGACUGGCUACCUGAUCCAGAGCCACGGACCGAACCACUGCACUCUUACCUACCUGGCACACGUGGACCCAAAAGGAGAGCCACCAACCAUCCUGCUAGCCUGCUAG